GCCCGCCUUAAGCCCCGCCCCGGGCUCCGGAAUAGGAUGCAGCUGCCGCCGGGGCUGGAGGUCCGCCUGGGCCCGGCCCCCGCCGGGAGCCCUUCCGAGUCGCUCCCGCUGCCCGUGCUCCGCCACCCGGCCGCCGGGGCCGCCCCCUUUCGCUUCGCGCCGCGGACCCAGCGCCUGCCCCGGGGACACCCGUUGUUCGAGGACGGGGAUGUCCAGAGGCACGCCUACCUGCAGGAGGUCAUCACGCAGGUCUGCCAGGUGCCGGAGCGCCCCCCCGUGGCGACCUUCGGCUGCCACGUGGCCGGCUGCCCGCAGGAGUUCGCCAGCCUGGAGGGCUACGAGCACCACUACCGCACGCUGCACACGCACGUGUGCUCCGUGUGCCGGCGCGCCUUCCCCUCGGCGCGCCUGCUGGACGUGCACGUCCUCGAGUGGCACGACUCGCUCUUCCAGCUGCUGGCCGAGCGGCAGAGCAUGCACCAGUGCCUGGUGGAGGGCUGCCCGGCCACGUUCCGCAGCGGCGGCGAGCGCAAGGAGCACCUGGUGCGCGCGCACCGCUACCCGCCCGACUUCCGCUUCGACCAGCCCCGCAGGCCCCGGGGGCCCGGCCGGCCGCCCGCCGGCGAGGAGGCCAUGGAGGUGGGGCCCGCCGAGGCCGCCCCGCGCGCCCAGACCCGCCGCAUCCCCGCCACCAUCUGCUUCGGCCAAGGCGCCGCGCGGGGCUUCAAGAACACGAAGAAAAGGAGCGAGCCGCGCUGAGCCGGCGGGCGCCGCAGCCCGCCCCGGGAGCGCGGGGAGGGCCCUUUGUCUGUCGGGGGCGCCCCCGCCUCUCCCUGGGAAGCCCCUGAGCCCGAAAUAAAGUCUGAAGAGAAGCCCCUUC